CUCGUGUUACCUGCUCACUUGAAAAUCACCAACCCCACACCUUCUCUUUUAUUGCCACUCUGUCUUCUGCCUUUACUGCUUCCUUCUGUCUUCCUUUGCCGACACUCCCACCCUUCGAAUCUCUCUCUCUUUCUCCUUCUCAUUUUCCUUGCGUAAGACAGAGACGUCAGAAGAUCCGAGCUCGUCCGAAAACAAGGAAAACGACCUCGGGUCCGGCCAAAUGAACUCUAAUUCAUCUUCCGCAUUCCAUUUCAUGGCAGCUGCCUUUCUUUUCCAACUUCUUCUUCCGCUACCGAUUCAUGCUGCUACUGAUCCCUCUGAUGUUCAGGCCCUUGAGGUAAUCUUCAGCUCGCUGAACAAUCCUCUUCAACUAUCUGGAUGGAGAUCGACUGGUGGUGAUCCAUGUGGUGAAUCAUGGAAGGGAAUCUCCUGUGCAGGGCCAGCUGUCAUAGCCAUUCAGGUUUCUGGGCUUGGUCUCAAUGGAACCAUGGGAUACCUCCUUUCAAACCUCUUUUCCUUGAGAACUCUGGAUCUUAGCAACAACAAUAUACAUGACACGAUCCCGUAUCAGUUACCACCAAAUCUUACAUACCUAAAUCUUGCAAGCAACAAUUUCAGUGGAAAUCUUCCUUACUCCAUUUCCAAUAUGGUUGCCCUCAAUUACUUGAAUGCCAGCCACAAUUCACUCUCCAUGUCGGUUGGAGAUGUGUUUACAGAUCUCGAGCAUCUUUCCAUCUUGGAUCUGUCUUUCAACAACUUGUCCGGUGACCUUCCAAAUUCUUUUAGCUCCUUGUCAAACCUUUCUACUCUCUAUUUGCAAAGCAAUCAGUUGACUGGUCCAGUUAAUGUACUUGCCAAUCUGCCUAUAGAUGAUCUAAAUAUUGCAAAUAACCAUUUCACUGGGUGGAUUCCAAAGGAAUUUAAUUUGAUCCCAAAUCUUCAAUUGGGGGGAAAUUCCUUCGACAAUGGCCCUGCUCCUCCUCCUCCACCAUAUACCCCGCCUCCUCCAAAUCGAUCCCAUAAUAAUCGUAACCAUAGCGGCAUACCCACAAAUACACCUCGGGGAUCGAAUGGCGAAGCCUUCCGUCCAGAUCGUCAUGAUAGCAAGAAAAGUCUGACAACAGGAGCUAUAGUUGGCAUUGUUGUGGGUUCUGUUUUGGCUGUAUGUGCAUUACUUGCUCUUUUCUUUUGCUUUUGGAAAUAUUCCAAGGUUAAAGAUGAGAAGGAAGAUAAAACACAAGGUUCUUUGGGAUCUCUUCCAGUCGGGACAGCCACCAACAGAGAGAUGCAAGAACAGAGGGCGAAAAGCGUGAGUCCCAUAACGAGUUUGAAACCUCCACCAUCAGAAAAAUUGAUGGGUGAGAGGGUACAUGUAAAAAAUGGUUCUGGGAAAAGACCUAGGGCCCCUAUUACUGCAGCAUCAUACUCUGUUGCUUCUCUUCAAACAGUGACAAACAGCUUUAGCCAGGAAUGCCUUGUUGGUGAAGGUUCUCUUGGCCGGGUUUACAGGGCAGAGUUAAAUAAUGGGAAGGUUCUGGCUGUUAAGAAGAUCGACAGUGCGGCACUUACCCUGCAGGAAGAAGAUGAUUUCCUUGAAGCUGUUUCGAACAUGUCGCGCCUGAGGCACCCAAACAUUACUUCGCUGCUAGGCUAUUGUGCAGAGCAUGGUCAGCGCCUUCUGGUUUAUGAAUAUAUUGAAAAUGGGACCCUUCAUGAUAUGUUGCACUUUGUUGAUGAUAGCAGCAAGGCACUGACAUGGAAUGCACGUGUUAAGAUAGCACUUGGCACUGCUAGGGCUCUAGAAUACUUGCAUGAGGUGUGCCUGCCUUCUGUUGUACAUAGAAACCUCAAGUCAGCAAACAUUUUACUCGAUGAAGACCUUAACCCCCAUUUGUCCGACUGUGGGCUAGCUGCCCUAACUCCUAACACUGAGAGACAGAUUUCAACUCAGAUGGUAGGUUCAUUUGGCUACAGUGCUCCUGAAUUUGCUAUGUCUGGACUUUACACUGUAAAGAGUGAUGUGUACAGCUUUGGAGUAGUGAUGUUAGAGCUGUUGACAGGCCGGAAGCCACUGGACAGUUCAAGGAUAAGAUCAGAACAGUCCCUUGUACGGUGGGCUGCUCCUCAGCUUCAUGAUAUCGAUGCCUUAGCAAAGAUGGUUGAUCCUGCCUUAAAUGGCAUCUACCCUGCAAAGUCUCUGUCACGUUUCGCCGACAUCAUUGCGUUAUGUGUUCAGCCGGAGCCUGAGUUUCGCCCUCCGAUGUCUGAAGUCGUACAAACAUUGGUUCGGUUAUUGCAAAGGGCAAGUGUAAUAAAAAGGCGUUCCAGUGAUGAAUCAGGAUUCUCUUAUAAGAUCCCAGAGCACGAGGCAACGGAAUUUUCCUUUUAGCCAUCCAAAAGGGCAUGUGAGUUUCUCAUAAGAGCAGGCAGAGAUUGAGAUAUAGCAACUCCGGAAGCAGGAGGUGAGAGUUAGUGCAUUGUUAUACGACGGCAUCAAAUGGUCACAAUCCUAGAACAUGAUCUGGCAAAUGAUAACGGUAUCGAUGGUGUAUUGAUUAUUUUUGGACCAUGAGUUCCAAUACAUCAUCUUUCCAAAUGAGCCUUUGUAUCAAAAAGGGAAAACAGUAAAUUAAGGAUGUAAUCCUUCAUGAAACACUGCUGAGUUGUAUUUAAACAUUUGAGCCAUCCAUUGUAUGUAUGUGAAAAUAAAAUAAUAAUCUAUUUGAGCAUGAUAUGGUUAUAGAUGGACAACAUUCCACGGAA